UUCCUCUUCUCCUCCUCCUUCCCUCCCUCUCCUCCUCUUUCUCUCUCCUUCUCCUCCCUCUCUUCCUCUCUUCCUCUCCCUCCUCUACUUCUCUUCCCUCUUUUCCUGUCAUAUAGAAUAAACAGUCUGACGGCUUUUGGCAAGGACCACCAGCCCGAAACAUCCUAUUGGUGGAUCCGGGAAGUCCAACCAAUUCCUUACUACACGAACAUCACACACGCAGUAGUCUCGCUCCAGUGCCUUCGCUCGCUUCCCUGGCGAAAAUAAAACCGGAUCAUGCUGUGGCUCAUGUGCUUGGGCCUCUCGCUGGUCUUUAAGGGCGGUGCAAUCCGCGUGGAAGAAGACUGUUUGGUCCAGGAUCAGCUCCUCAUAAAGAUACCGAAUCCCGGACCGGCUUCCUUCUUCGCCUACGUCCAACACAAUGGCUUUAUAUUCACGGCAAAACUAAUGUGUACUGCAUCGCUACAACUCAUCUUUCUCAAUGUUACUAGUCGAGACGUCGUUUGGGAAGAUCGUUUAGCAAAAUCCAAGAAACAAGAAAGAACAAAGUCCCCGACAUCGAAAGAGGGAUGGACGAGAUUUGUUGUCCAAGCCGGCACAUUACAACUUUCAGACGCCGAAGGACGUUUUUGGACCACCAGGCAGAAGUCUAGAAAGUGCAACUCCUUCAACAUUAGGGUUAGCAACGGGGUGUUGGCUAAACAGCUGUGUGGCGGCGCAGCGAAGUGGCUAGUGACCAAAGACCAUUGCGCUUACGUCCACCUCCCACCUGCGAGUAACAACACGCUGAGUGUUAACUUCUUGUCAAACCAAUCCUUUGUUCCUGUUCUAACGAGCGAAAAUUUCACGGCAAAAUUGGUUCGUCGGAAUGGCGAGGUGGUUCUUGUGAAAGACGAGACGUGUAGCGGAUGCCAACCCCUGGACGGUGAACACAAUGUCCUGCGCUUCCCUUUGUCCGCAAGCAGCCAGUUUACCAAUUCGUCGAGCAAUGCCACACAGAUGGCCGGAAAGGCGUCUCCUCGUGCGGUGACGGUGUGUUCGUCGUCAGGAGGAUCGUUCGUCGUCAAUGUGCGGGAGACACAGGAGGAACCAGCGACUUCCGAUGAAAAUGCUUACAUCAUGAUUACGAUAGCUGUGGUGAUGAUACUGACACUUCUACCUAUAACUGCGUAUUGACAAAAUAAGGUCCCAGAGCGACGGAUGCAGAGCAGGCGGAAGGAAAUCACGCCCGGCGGGCAAGCUCUUUCUUCGUUCAACCCUGAAGAUCCUCAGAAGGAGCCCUCCCGUUGCUCCAAGGAAUCUGCGUCGGAAGGAGGCUAUUGAGGAUAUCCACGCGUUGUUCUUGGCUGGGAUAAGGGAUCGCUUUGUGGCGAGAUCAAGUGUCUUGGGCCGACCUGGAGGUGGAUCAGUUUCUUGUGUCUUUGAUUCUGUUUUGUAUAUUCGUCUGAAUCUUGUUUUGGGUAAUUUAUUUCUUCUUUUAUGUCGAUUCAGCUUCAUUGCAAUGCAUUUUAUUUCUAUUGGGAGGGGAAAUUCAUGUUUUUUGUUGAAAAGAAAACGAUUUUAUGUUUGUGGGGUUUCAAUUUCUUUUCACCACGUAUCAAUAAUGUAAAGUAGGGAAAUUUAGCGUUUUUAUUAAAAUGCUGUAUGUUAUUAUGUACCAACCAAGCUGUGUGUUUUCCAUAGCGUCUGUAGAAUGAUAAAAUUUGAUUA